GCGAGGAGGUUCGGUGGCAUCAAUGGCUUUGGCCACGAUGACCUCUUGACCUUGACUUGUAGAGUCAAAUGAGUAUUGGUGCCCUGGGGUGGCACCCAGGGGACCGGCCAGAAUGUUGCUCGGUCGGGAGUGAAAACGAUCUUCUUCGACGAAGCCAAGGAAAGUAACAGUAGCUGUUUGGUGCAUUUGGUGUCUUCGGCGUUCUUGUAGCGUGAGGCUAUCGCGAGGGAGGCGCUGUGCUUCGGGGACAUCCGUCCGCGGUGGUUUCAUGAAGAAGGCAGCGGUGGUCGGGGCGCAUCGGGAGAACGAGCCCGGACAACAUCCCACGGCGUUGGCGACGUGACACGAACGUGGACGAAUAGACGAGGGUACCGGUCAAGUAUGACGCAGCGUUCCGGGGACCCAUCGCCAACAGGAGCUGCACGGACAUCGUCUGCUGCGUGCUCUUCAUGGUGGUGAUCGCCGCCUACAUCGUCGUGGGCUUUCUCGCCUGGUUGAAUGGAGAUCCUCGCAAGGUCAUCUACCCGACGGACAGCCAAGGGAACUACUGUGGCCGGGGCAACUACAGCGACAAGCCCUUCCUGCUCUACUUUGACAUCUUCAAGUGUGCGGGCAGCGCCGCACUUCUCAACUUCAACUGCCCGACCACGCAGAUAUGUGUCAAGCAGUGCCCAAGGGAUUUCUGGGUGGUCAACAUGAUUCAGCCUCCCUCCCAAGCUUUCAACGCGGAGUACUGCCGCCCGGGGUUCAACCUGGCCACCACCAGCAAGACGGUGCAGCAGAUCCUGCAAGCGGAAGACUGCGCAGGGUUUACCGUGCCCAGCAAGGAUCUCGUGAACCGCUGCGUUCCCGUGCUGCUGAGCGACUCGACGGGUGGCAACGUGACGGUGAACGGCAGCGGCAGCGUGCAGACGCCCUCCGGCACGGCGUCGGCAGAGGCGGUGCAGGAGGCCAGCAAUUACUUGGCCGGUGUGUUGAAUGCUCGUGACCUGGGAAUGAAAAUAUUUUCUGAUUUCACCAAGUCCUGGUACUGGAUCAUCAUAUGCCUGGUCAUCGCUAUGGUGGUGAGCCUUCUCUUCCUCCUGCUGCUGCGCUUCACCGCCGGAUUCCUCAUCUGGGCCAUCAUCAUCGGGCUCGUGGGAGUGGUCGGAUACGGGAUCUACCACUGCUACCGGGAGUACGACAACUUGAAGGGAAAGCCUGGAGCGGAUCUCAAACUCACAGACGUCGGCCUGCAGACGGACCUGUCCGUGUACCUGCAGUACAGGGACACGUGGCUGGCGUUCAUGAUCAUCCUGGCCGUGGUGGAGACACUCAUCCUGCUCAUCCUGAUUUUCUUGCGCAAGCGUCUGCUGAUCGCCAUCGCGCUGGUCCGCGAGGCGAGCAGAGCCAUCAGCUACAUGAUGUCGUCGCUGUUCUACCCGCUCGUCACCUUCGUGCUGCUCUUCGUGUGCGUCGCCUACUGGGGCAUCACCGCGCUGUAUCUGAGCACGUCCGGGAGACCCAUUCACAAGGUGUUCGUUGACCAGGCUGGUGCCUCCGCCGAAUGCAGGAACAUCAGCAACGCAGACUGCCACCCGAGCAACUUCAGCUCGGCGAGCUGCCCGCAGGCUCGCUGCUCGUUCCUGCACUACGGCGGGGACAGCGUUUAUGAGAAGAACUUGCCCUGGCUCCAGGUCUUCAACGUGUUCGCCUUCCUGUGGCUCAUGAACUUCGUCAUCGCGCUGGGCCAGUGCACGCUGGCCGGCGCCUUCGCCUCCUACUACUGGGCCUUCCACAAGCCACGGGACCUGCCAGCCCUCCCCGUGGCAGCGAGCUUCAUGAGAGCGUUCAGGUAUCACACCGGUUCCCUGGCCUUCGGGGCACUCAUCAUCGCCAUCAUCCAGCUGAUCCGGAUCAUCCUGGAAUACAUGGAUCACAAGCUUAGAGGGGCAGAGAACCGGGUUUUGAAAUUCUUGCUCUGCUGCCUCAAGUGCUGCUUCUGGUGCCUGGAGAAGUUCAUGAAGUUCAUCAACAGGAACGCCUACAUCAUGAUCGCGAUUUACGGAAAGAACUUCUGCGUGUCGGCGAAGAACGCGCUCUCGCUGCUCAUGAGGAACAUCGUGCGGGUCGUGGUGUUGGACAAAGUCACGGAUUUCCUGCUGCUGCUGGGAAAACUGGUGGUGGUGGGCGGAGUGGGAGUGUUCGCCUUCUUUUUCUUCAGCAACAGGAUCAUGAUUCCUGACACGCCGCUCGUCCUCAACUACUACUGGGUUCCAAUAGUGACGGUGGUCGUGGGCUCCUACAUGAUCGCGCACGGAUUCUUCAGCGUCUACGGCAUGUGCGUCGACACGCUGUUUCUCUGCUUCCUGGAAGACCUGGAGAGGAAUGACGGCUCGGAGGAAAAGCCGUACUUCAUGCCCAAGUCCCUGCUCAAGAUUCUCAACAAGAAAAACAAGGCGCCGAAGGGAGCCGAGUGAAGACGCUGUCUAUCCACUGCUGGAUGAAGAAGGCCUCCCCAGGCCAAGGAUAUGGCCCACGUUCCUGCGAUGCCACAGCCUGCAUCCCGUGAACUGAUCUUUCGUCGCUCCGUCUCCGCAGUGGUCAGCGUCUCCUUUGGCUGCCAUUCUGGCACACGGAAGCCGUUUCACAUCGGCUAUCAUCACCAGCUGGCAAUCUGUGUGCUGUCUGCGCCCCAAAUUCCUGAACCGACAAUAUGAUCUAUAUGCUCCCCCCCUCUCUCUCUCUACAUCGAUACAUCCAAACGUGCGUCUUAAUGCAUCGUUGCGCACUUUUCAGUUCCUUGUUAAUGUAAUUGAUUCAGGCGCAUCGCGUUGUAGGAAUAACCUGUCUCACCGUAUGCCUUAAUCCGGUUCAUCACAAAUCCCUGGUCCUUACACUUUAUACAUCAGUGGACAAUAUAUGUAUACAGUAUUGUUCAUUAUGCACGUCAAUGUAUGUAUGCCAUUGAAUAAGGUUAUAGUUCUUGUUUUUAAUUAUUGCCGCGUGUAGAUGUUGAGCAUCUAUGAAUGGACAGUGAAAAUAACCUGUGUUUAUAUAUACUAUGUCAACACAGUAUAUAUGUGAUGUUCAUAAUAAAGGGUUUUGGGUUAGAUCGCGUUAUUUAUAAAUGUGUCGUAACGCUCCACCACCCGAAACGGCCAAUCAGCAAAAAAAAGUGUCACGUUG